UUUCUCUUCUUUUCCUUCAAAUCCUUACUUCUACCCAUUGGUUAAUUUGACUUUCAAUUCCUCCUUGUUAAACGUACAUAAUGUCUAAAGCAUACGAGCCCGACCAGGAGAAGACGCGUGAGAAAACGUAUGGGUCUGAGUUUGAGACCGAACUCGAAGAGCACCAAAGUCCUAUCCAAGAAUGUCCCGAAGGCAUGCGCUAUGUGGCCGAUACACGUCGUCAGAAAAUGAACCCUGACCAUGCCGCAGAAGGUUCCAAUGUUGUGAGCACGCGAUGCGAUAUCCGCAACAAUGGGUAUCUCCCUAUCGAAGACUACGGCCUCAUUGGUAAUAUGCGCACUGUCGCACUAUGCGGCACAGAUGGCUCUAUCGACUUCUGUUGCUACCCAAAGUUCGACAGCCCCUCCAUUUUUUGCCGCUUAUUGGACAAAGACAAAGGUGGUCAUUUCUCCAUCACUCCCAAAGAGCAUACAAGCAAUAAGCAACAGUACCUCCCGAACAGCAAUAUUCUCACUACGCGUUUCCUAUCCGAAGAAGGCGUAGCCCAAGUUACGGAUUACAUGCACGUACCGGAGAAGAACCAACGUGUGUCCACAAAACCAUUGUUACCAUGGAUCAUCCGUACGGUAGAAGUGAUUCGUGGCAAGGUCCAAUUUUCCAUGGAAUGUUAUCCAGCUUUUAAUUACGCACAAGACGAUCACACGACGAGACUGGAAACAUACGAAACGUCUGACGAGCAGAAAGAACGUUUGGCGGCACAAAUCUAUCCGGAAGAUGACACCUCGUACUAUGCUUCCAAAAAGAAGGUGGUGUUCGAGUCCAAGAACCUAUCCAUGGAUUUACGUUAUAUUGUACGUUGUGGCGACUUUGAAUGUCCCUUUGUCCAAUUCCAUGUGGACGACAAAGCCAAAGAUGUCGGGUUCAGAGGUCCCGGUGUGUGGGCCGAAUUCGAGCUGGAAGAGACUCAGGAAGUGACAUUUAUCUUGCGUGAACUUCCACCCAAGCCUGAGCCCAAUGAAACACCUUUGCAACGACGUUUGCGGCUUUCGUACGAUCCACCAUUGACCGUGAGUCUUAUGGAUGCCUUAUUCCGGCAAACGACCAAUUUCUGGCAAUCGUGGGUUUCGCAGAGCACUUACACAGGCCGCUGGCGAGAAAAUAUCAUGCGUAGCGCGCUGACUCUGAAAUUACUCUUCUAUGAGCCUACAGGCGCCAUCGUGGCCUCGCCGACCUUUGGUGUUCCCGAAGCGAUUGGUGGUGCCCGUAACUGGGAUUACCGCUACGUGUGGAUCCGUGAUUCCGCUUUCACCAUUUAUGCCUUGCUGAAACUUGGUUUCACCGAAGAAGCACGCAGCUACAUGCGAUACAUCGAAGCUCGUUGUCAGGAUCUGAAUGAAGAUGGAUCACUCAGCAUCAUGUACAGUAUUGACGGUGUGAAGCGGCUGGAUGAAUAUGAAUUGAAUCAUUUGGAUGGUUACCGUUCGUCGCGUCCUGUUCGCGUGGGCAACGGAGCCUAUGAUCAUCUUCAAUUGGAUAUUUACGGUGAACUCUUGGACGGUAUCUAUUUGUACAACAAGUAUGGCUCGCCUGUAUCGUACGAUAUGUGGUGUUCCGUCCGUAAACUGGUGGAUUAUGUCAUCAAAAACUGGAAUCAGCCUGAUAUGUCUAUUUGGGAAGUACGAGGAAGGAAGCAACACUUUACCUACUCCCUUGUCAUGUGUUGGGUAGCCAUUGACAGAGGUUUACGGUUAUCCGAAAAGAGAGUGUUCCCUUGUCCCGAUCGAGAAUUGUGGGCGGCUACGCGUGAUGAAAUCUACGAAUUGGUGCAAACAAAGUGCUAUAAUAAGGAACUGAAUAUCUUUACUCAGAGCAUUGAACAACAAGAGGCGCUCGACGCUUCUUGCCUGAUCAUGCCGCUCGUCUUUUUCACCAGUCCCGUAGACCCUCGUAUGCUCAACACUGUUCAGCGUAUCUUAUUGCCACCGGAAAAGGGUGGUUUGGUAGCCAACGAUCUCGUUUUCCGUUACAACUUCUUGACGACGGACGAUGGUGUGGGUGGCUUGGAGGGUGCUUUCUCCAUGUGUACCUUCUGGCUGGUAGAGGCUUUAACGCGAGCGGGUAAAUACGAUCGUAAAUUGCUAAAUCGAGCGGUGGUGAUGUUUGAAAAAAUGCUGUCGUACGGCAAUCAUCUCGGCUUGUUUUCAGAGGAAGUGGCUCGAUCAGGCGAAUUGCUGGGUAACUUCCCGCAAGCAUUCACUCAUAUCUCCUUCAUCAGCGCCGCCUUCAAUUUGGACCGUGUGUCAUCAAAGAGAUAAACAUCAUUUAUGCCUUAUUCUUGGGUUGUAUCCCUCCCGUCUGAUAGGAUAUAAAGUUCAUUUACUGUAAAAAUAAAAAGAAUAAAAAGCCAAUUGUAGUAAUUAUUCCACA